AUGAAGGCUGCGCAAGCUGCAGCAGGACGAUUCUAUUCCAUUGUCAACAACAAGCCUCUGAUCCAGCGCCGCCUGAAGGCCAAGUUUCAUCUUCUGUUGGGUCUUCAGGAUGAGCGAGAGGGGCUUGACAGCAUUGAUAAGUUCGAGUUCGACAAUGUGCAUUUCACCUAUCCGGCGCGUCCAGACGUGAAGGUGCGCAUGGGCGAACAUGGCAAUGGUCUAGGCAAGAAGUUGCUUUGCAAGGUCCUCAACAGCCUCUCUUUCACCAUCCAGCGCGGUCAGAAGGUCGCUUUUGUUGGAGAGUCCGGCUCCGGGAAGUCCACAGUCAUGGCUCUAUUGGAGCGCUUCUACGAUCCCGAUGCUGGAACGGUUCUGGUCAACGGGCAGGACAUGAGAACUUUCAAAGUCAGCGCCCUGCGGCGUUGCAUUGGCUACGUCGGCCAGGAGCCGGUGCUGUUUGCCAGCUCAAUUCGAAACAACAUCAUGCAGGGCAAUCCCGAGGCAUCGAAGGAGGAGUUCGCCAAAGCUUGCAGGGAUGCCCAGCUGGACUACGUGGAGAACCUUCCCGAACAGUACAACACCUUCGUUGGCGCUGGUGGGGGGCAACUCUCCGGAGGCCAGAAGCAGCGCAUCGCCAUUGCCAGAGCCUUGCUGAAGAAGGCUUCAUUCCUCUUUCUAGACGAGGCUACCAGCGCUCUGGACAACGCGUCUGAGAAGAUGAUUCAGGCAACCAUUGACAGCAUCAGCAGCAACAUGACCGAAGGUUUGGGCAUCGUUAGCAUCGCACAUCGGCUUUCCACAGUCCGGAAUGCUGACCUCAUCUACGUCCUGAGUCGUGGCUCGCUGGUGGAACGUGGCAACCACACGUCUCUGAUGGAGAAAAAGGGCAUGUAUUAUGCCCUCGUAGCAGCGCAGGAGUCGUCGCACAAGGCUGAUGAGGACGAGAAACUGGACAAUGAGGUCUCUGAGCAGCAGAAGACGGAGAGGCGAGGCUCCACUGUGUCGGCAGAAUCAGAGACGGCGCGCGCGACCAGGGAGAAGAAAGCUGAGGAGGAGCGCGAGAAGGAAAUCGCCAGCAAGUACAAGGUCCCCAUGAUGCGCUUGAUGAGUUACAACAAGCCUGAGUGGGCCUUCUUCGUCCCGGCCGUUCUUGGUGCCCUAGCUGAUGGCGCUUCCAUGCCAGUCUGCACAAUCGCUCUUGUCGGCUCCAUGGAUGGUUUCUUCAACCCAGACAAGGAGGCCAUGCGCGCAGACCUUGAGCUCAUGGCCAUCAUCUUCGUCAUUAUUGGCGUCAGCAACUUUCUGGCUGCAACAAUUUCCCAUGGCUGCUUCGCCAUUCUUGGCGAGGCGAUGACCCAGCGCUUACGCAUCGCCAUCUUGACGGGAAUGUUCCGCCAGGAAGUGGGUUUCCAUGAUGAUCCUGCGCACACCCCGGGUAUGCUGUCAAAAGCUUUGGAGCUAUGGGCCUUCCGCGUCACUGUUCUUUGCAAGUCGGUGCAAAGCAAGGCAGCCGCCUUCGCUUCGUUGGUGGUUGGCUUAGUCAUCGCCUUCGUCUACUGCUGGCAAAUGUCGCUAGUCAUGCUGGGCUCGAUCCCCAUCAUGGUGGUUGCCAACGCAAUCCAGGUUGUUGUCCUGAUGGGUGCAUCAAAGAACGAGAACGCAAACCUCACCAAUGCCCAGCAGAUAGUUGUGGACUCCGUCAUGAACGCGCGGACUGUGCAGGCGCUUGGGGUGGAGAAAUCGCUGGUCUCGCUGUACAUGGGCUGGGUGAAGAAGUCAUCAGUGGGCAUGUGGAGUCGCAAUCUUCUUGCUGGCUUCGGCUUCGGCGUCGCCAAUGGAAUCAUGUUCCCUGUCAUGGCUGGUGGCUUCUACGUUGCCUCGAUCCUCAUCCGAGAUGGAACAGCCGACUUCACAGGGGUGAUGAUGGCAUUCAUGGGCGUCUUCUAUGCAGGCAUGGGCGCUGGUCAGGCUGCAGUGAUGGCAGGCGAUGCCACGAAGGCGAAGGUGGCUUGCCACGACAUGUUCAAGCUCAUGGACCGAGUCUCGCAGAUCAAUGGCCUUGAGCCAGUAGGAGAGAUCCCCAAAGAACUGCACGCCGGGCACAUUGAGUUCGAGGACGUUAAGUUCUUCUACCCUUUCCGACCAGAGAUCCAGGUGCUCAAGGGCAUUAGCUUCAAAAUCUCCGCUGGCAUGUCUGUGGGCUUGGUGGGGCCUUCUGGAGGUGGUAAGAGCACGGUGAUGUCUCUGAUCCAGCGCUUCUACGACCCGCAAGAGGGAGGUGUCUUCAUCGGCAAGGAGCGCAUGGCGUUGAGUACCGUGAACAUUCGCUGGUGGCGUCGACAGAUUGGCUUCGUUGGGCAGGAACCCGUAUUGUUCAACACCACCGUGCGGAGCAACAUCAUGUACGGCUUGUCUGACGAUGAGACAGUCAGUGAGGACUAUGUCAAGAAGUGCGAAGGAAUGUGCAAUUUGGGCUUUCUGUACAAGAAUGGCAACAAGGGCCUGGAGACUGAGGUGGGUCCUCGAGGCAGCCGUCUUUCAGGCGGUCAGAAGCAGCGGGUGGCCAUUUGCCGCGCUCUUAUUCGCAACCCGCCCGUGAUGCUGCUGGAUGAGGCAACAAGCGCUCUUGACACUCAGAGCGAGGCAAUCGUGCAGAAGGCCCUCGAGGCGGCGAGAGAAGGUCGUACCUCCUUUGCUAUUGCCCAUCGUCUCUCCACUGUACAAGGCUGCGACAUCAUUCUGGUGAACGCUGAUGGCCGCGUGGUGGAAAGUGGCAAUCACACGGAGCUCAUGCAGCACAAGGGAGUGUAUUACAAGCUCCAGAUGCAGGCGCAGAAAUGA